GUUCAGCUCAGUCUCAUCUCACUCUCUCUUUUUCAUGAUUAGCUGCUUCCUCCUACAACACAGUCUGACAAAGUGAAAAGAUGGUGAGUGUCUUGAGCAGCGCUCAGAUGCCGCCGUUACACUGAUGUCAGCGACAAACGAAGCAGGGCCUCCGUCGCUAGCUGUGACUUGACGGUGAUGAUCGAUUAUUUCCAGAGAUGUAGCCGAGGCUGCACACCUCCGUUACUUGGAAACCCACAGAAAAAUAUCUGCGGAAAGUUUUUCUCUUCGGAUGGAAGAAGUUUUGAGACAAAGCGAUUGCCACGGGGCUGUUUUCUCCCCUGUUUCGAGCAGACCCAACAUUCAGAAUCUACAGUCAGAUGGAAAUGCCACCUUUUCAAAAACACCACAUAACAACAACAGGCAACUUUCCGGUUUCUGUGACUAAUUCACAAAGUGAACUGAGAUGGAACCUUAUAAUUUCAGUCACAUCACGUCUUUGGCAGGUAAGCACCAGUGUGUUAUUGUAUGUUUUUCUGCCUGUAGUGAUAAUGGAGGAAGCCAGGCUCUGAGUGACGCAAUGUCUUGGGGGGAGUUCAUCGAGCUCCGUGACCUGAAGCCGGGCAGAGAGCAGAUAGAGCUGACCGGCACACAUUCGCCCUGCUCGCCUCCACGCCUGGAGAGAGCCAACGCCUUGAGGAUCAGCCCGGGGAAGGUCCCAGACCUGCUGAGCCGGGUGGGCAUCAUCAGAGUCCUGAGCAGCACCCAGGACCCACAGCUCACUGAGGAGAAGGGAGAGGGACACAACUUCCAGCCCUGCAGCCACGCUCAGCCCACGUGGUGUGACCUGUGUGGAGACUUCAUCUGGGGCCUGUACAAGCAGAGCCUGCGGUGUGUCAAUUGUAGAUUCACAUGUCACUACCGCUGUCGUGCCCUGAUCCGGCUGGACUGCAGCUGGGAUCGAAGCUCUGCGGCUGACCACACAUGUGUUGUGGAGCACGCCAUAGAAACAGACACCAAUGUGGAUGAACAAAUUGAAUUGGGAAAGCAGGAGUUGACCAGUGUAGAUAUUCAGCAGAAGGUGAAGGAAUACAACGCUCAAAUCAACAGCAAUCUGUUCAUGAACAUUAACAAGGAUGGUUCUUACACUGGCUUCAUAAAGGUGCAGUUCAAGUUGGUGCGACCCGUGUCAGUUCCACCUCCAAAGAAAGGAGGUCACGAUGCUGGAGGGAGGAGGGCUAGCGGAGUGAAGCGCCGCACGUCUUUCUACCUGCCAAAGGAUGCAUCCAAGCACCUACACAUAAGCUCACGCACCUCUGCUCGCGAGGUCAUCGAGGCUCUGUUGAAAAAGUUUACAGUGGUGGACAAUCCUGGCAAGUUUGCUCUGUUUGAGCGCAGCGAGCGCCAUGACCAGGUUUACGUUCGCAAGCUGUCCGAUGAUGAGCGUCCGCUCCGUCUGCGUCUGUGUGCUGGGCCCAAUGAGAAAGUCCUCAGUUUUGUUCUGAAAGAGAAUGAAACUGGAGAAGUCAACUGGCAUGCCUUCUCCAUGCCCGAGUUAAAGAACUUCAUACGCAUUCUGCAGCGUGAAGAGGAGGAACACGUCAAGCAGAUAGUGCAGCGGUACGCUCUGGCCCGCACUCAGAUGCAGGAGGCUCUGGCUGGCUCGACCCCCGGCUGAGGCGACUCUGUGCUUGGGGUUAAAACGUGCACCUCUUGGCUGGACAAUCACCUGAAGAUGACCAGACAUCGCUGCAUCCAAAGAUCCCAGAGAACAUAACUCGAAAACGCCUCUUUGGUGAACGAGAGAGUGAGACAGGGCGCAAGACAAUGAGAGAGAGAGAGCUAGCGCGAAUGUGCGUGUGAAAUGAUGCGAGAGAUGAGAAGUGCCUUACACCUGGAGAGUCUGAUGUGCCUGAGAGAAUGAGUUGAGAGAAGUGAAGACUGGCAGAUGAGACUGUGGUUGUAUCCAGAAAUAUCUGUUGUUAUUGGUUACCAUCUAAAAAACAACCGAUGUGUCACUUUAACUUUUAAUGUCAGUGAUGUUUUGGCAUUUUUAGGUUUAAAAAAAAAUCCCAUGUGUUGAUUAAGCAUUUGUAGAUGCAGUGCUGAAGUCAAGCCCUAUGUUGUAACUGAGCAGAUAAUCACAUGUCUGGAAGUUAAAUUCCUUUUCUUUUUCACAAUCAUGACAUUACUGCCAAGUUUAGAUAAACUCAAUCUGGUCCUUAAACAACCUACCAUAAAAACCAUACUUCUUAACCUGAUUUUGGCCUUUAUCCUGUUAGAAAGUUAAAUACACGUUUGUUGCUGAAAGGUAUCUGGAUUUUCAUUUGACCCAGGCUCAAAAGUCUGCCACGUCCUCUCGACACCCCUGAUGGGUGCAACUCAAUUUUUUUUAUUUUACUGUCAAUUUGUGAGCUUGACUGAUGUAUGGACAUUUGUAUGCAGUUAUGAAUGUCAGAGAGCAGUGUCGAAGUCACUCUGGUUGACUGGAAUCUUGAAUGAAUAUUGGUAUACAUGUGUUUCACUGGAAGCCCUUUGUCAUUCCUUAUAUCUUUGUUUUUACUGUCCUCUUAAAAGAAAAUGUUUGUCUUCUGUUUUUCAAUUCACUUUAAUUGUAUCUGUCUAUGCACAAAUUUACAUGUUGUAGCAACCUUCAAAAUGUUGUGAUAAAUGUGCACUGCAUUCAGUAAAGAAUUUCCUCAUUCUA